CCUCCGCCUAAGCCGCCUCAGUCUACUCCAGCUCCAAAUUCACACCUAUCGCGAUCCCCUCUGCCGUGCACGGCACUCCGCUGGACGACCUCGACCAACCCUCUCGCUGACCGAUAAGCUGCCCGAAUAAGACCGUAUCAUGGACUCGCAAGGCACUGGAGGAAGCGUAAACCGCGCCCACCACCAUCCGACUCCACUCACUCUCUCAGGCCGCACGUCGGCGUCGUCGUUGCGAGCAAUGUUUGCUUCCGGGGCGGCCACGCCCACUGGGCUGAAGACCCCACUUUCACCGGGCCCGCAGGCGGAGGAGACACCGAUCCUGGGAGUGGACGUCGAGCACGGUCGCACGGAUUAUGGCGCAGCGAGAGCACGAGCUACCCGUCCCACUCUUCAUCGCCGGAGGACAUCGAACUGGGCAAAAGUCAACUAUUACGUGCCCUCCACCGCUUGGAUACCCGCAUAUUCAUGGUCAUUAUUCGGUGGUGAUCUACUGGGAGGGCUCACAGUUGCCUGCAUGCUGAUACCCCAAUCUGUCUCGUAUGCAACAUCUCUAGCACGAUUGAACCCCACCACUGGCCUGUUCUCUGCAUCUGUCCCCGGCUUGAUAUAUGCGCUUUUUGGUACAUCAAGGCAACUGAACGUAUCCCCCGAAGCGUCACUGUCACUCCUCAUUGGACAAGCAAUCGAUGACUUCCUGCAUGACCCACACUUCGCACAAUACGGGCGAGAUCAAGUAGGCAUCGCGGUGGCGACCGUGAUCACCUUUCAGGUUGGACUCAUCGCCCUUCUGCUUGGCUUGUUCCGCCUCGGCUUCAUGGACGUUGUCCUCAGCCGUGCGCUUCUCCGCGGGUUCGUCACCGCCGUGGCAAUCGUCAUCCUUGUCGAACAGCUAAUACCCAUGUUUGGUUUGACUGCACUGCGGAACGAAUAUCAAUUGCAUACGACCCUCGACAAAUUGGUUUUCAUCGUGGAGAACAUGUGGACACACUCGCAUCGACUGACAAUGAUCAUCGGGUUCGGCGCCCUGCUGAUCCUCCUCGGCAUACGCAGCUUCAAGGGCUUCUUCAAGCGUCACACCCUCAUUUAUCGCAUGCCGGAGGUCUUGUUGGUGGUUGUCUGUUCAACAAUUCUGUCCGACAAGUUGGACUGGGACGAUCAGGGAGUUGAGAUCCUUGGAAGCGUUCCGGUUAACACGGGCUCCCACUUCGUCCAGUUUCCGCUGACGAAGAUGACGUUCAAGUUCCUGCGGAGGACGACGUCCCUCUCCUUUGUCUGUGUCAUUGUCGGAUUCCUCGACAGCAUCGUCGCGGCAAAACAGAACGCGGGGAUGUAUGGCUACAGCAUCAGCCCCAAUCGUGAACUCGUCGCGCUCGGUGCUGGCAACUUCAUUGGCUCCUUUGUCCCAGGGACGCUGCCCGCCUUCGGGUCCAUCACCCGGUCAAAGAUCAACGGCGAGGUAGGCGCGCGUACACAGAUGUCGUCGAUGGUCUGCUCCGUGGUCGUCCUCCUCGCUGUGUUCUAUCUCAUGCCUUGGCUGUACUACCUGCCGAAAACCGUGCUCGGUGCUGUCAUCUGCCUGGUCGUGUUCUCGCUCCUGGCAGAAGUGCCCCACGACCUGAAGUUCUAUUGGCGUAUGCGGAGCUGGGUCGACCUGUCUCUUAUGGCGCUCACCUUCGCGUUGACCAUCUUCUGGGAUUUGGAGAUGGGUGUUGCGGUCAGUCUCGUCAUAUCGUUGGUGCUGGUCGUGCACAAGUCAUCCAAGCCACGCAUGACGAUACUGGGUCGUCUACCCGGCACCGACGUGUGGAAGCCUGUUGACGAGAACCCAGAAGCGCAGGAAGACGCAGCUGGUGUGCUCAUCGUGAGGAUCAGAGAAAACCUUGACUUUGCAAACACCGCACAAUUGAAAGAGCGGCUCCGUCGGCUAGAGCUGUAUGGCAUCAGCAAGCAUCAUCCUUCGGACGAGCCGCAGCGCGAACACGCUAGCGUGCUUGUCUUCCACCUAGCGGACGUUGACAGUGUUGACGCGUCAGCUGCCAUGAUCUUCUACGAAUUGGCCGAGACAUAUCAGAGCCGUGGGGUGGGGCUGUUCAUCACACAUAUCAGGAAGGGCCCCCGUGAGUCCUUCGAGCGGGCGGGGAUCAUCAAGCUCCUCGGGGAAGACGCUAUCUGCAAGGAUGUCGCGAGCGCCAUGGUCCGCGUAGAGAAGCUCGUUCGGGAGCGAGCGGACCCGCAGAGUUGGUAACGAACGGGAGCCUCGGGUGUCCGGGCAAUGCGAAGCAGCGAACUCGAGACGACGGCGUCCUCGACGACUCGGACCUUGACGC